AUGCAGUAAACCAAGGCCACAUCUUGGACCCCAGUGAGGGGAGCAAUCACAUCAAGGGAAGAUGGACAAGUUUCGGAUGAUCUUCCAGUUUCUCCAGUCCAACCAGGAGUCCUUCAUGAACGGCAUCUGUGGGAUCAUGGCCCUCGCCAGCGCCCAGAUGUACUCUGCCUUUGAUUUCAACUGCCCCUGCCUGCCACGCUACAACCUGGCCUACGGGCUGGGCAUCCUCCUGGUGCCCCCCUUCAUCUUAUUGCUGCUGGGCUUCGUGCUGAACAACAACGUCUCCGUGCUGGCAGAGGAGUGGAGGCGGCCCCGGGGCCAGCGAGGGAAGGACCCGGCUGUCCUGCGCUACAUGUUCUGCUCCAUGGCACAGCGGGCCAUGAUCGCCCCAGCGGUCUGGGUCUCAGUGACGCUGCUGGAUGGCAAGUGCAUCACCUGCGCCUUCUGCACCUCGGUGCCCGUGGAGACCCUGGGCAAUGCCAGCCACCCCGGCCUCUCCCAAGGGGAGAUGAAGCGGGUCCUCGCCCGCAUCCCCUGCAAGGAGAUCUAUGAUGGACAGGAGCUCAUCGCCAAUGAAGUGGCCAUCAGGUACCUGCGCUGCAUCUCACAGGCUCUGGGCUGGUGCUUUGUGCUGCUGAUGACCAUGCUGGCUUUCUUGGUCAGAUCCCUCCGGCCCUGCUUCACCCAAGCCGCCUUCCUGAAGAGCAGGUACUGGUCCCACUACAUCGACAUCGAGCGCAAGCUGUUUGACGAGACGUGUGCGGAACACGCCAGGAGCUUUGCCAAGGUCUGCAUCCAGCAGUUCUUCGAGGGCAUGAGCACGGACCUGGCAGCUGCUCGUUGCCACCCACCCAGGAAAGCCCCUGCAGAUGCGGGGGAAGCCACGGAGAAGCUCCUGGGCAUCAUUGACCAGGGCACCAUGAACACAGCCCUGAAGAGCUGGCACAGAUGCAAGCCCCCGCUGCACCUCCACCCGCCUGCCCUCCCCAGCGGCAAUGGCUGGGCAGGGGAAGAGCAGCCACCCGUGCACCCCCCUGUGCCCCGAAGAGAGAUGGCUGCCUACUACAGUGGGGUGUGAGGGGGCGCAGGGCUAUGCAGAAGCAGAACCGCACUUUUGGGAGAGGGGCUGCAGGGAGGGAGGACAGGUGGGCAUCCGAGCCGGGCAGAGGCGAGGGCCAGUGCCACGGGGGGCUGCAGGGGGACGGGCACCCAAAGGGUUCAGCGGUGCUGGUGUGAUCCCAUCUGCUCUCACAUCCAAUCCUAUAGCGUCGGUAAUUCAGGCAAGGAGUUUUGUGCUGAGUGGGACAGCUACUCAAGGUUGUGAUGGAUAAGCCCCGGGGAUGCUGAAGGGCACGAUGUGGCAGCCGGACAGACAUGCCAUGCGUCUCACACCACCAAGCACCACAUUUGUGUUGUGACGGUUGCCAAGGCACACGCUACCAGAUGUGCAAAACUUCCUUUCUUUUAUCACGUGCUCAGCAGUGGCAGCGCAUGUGGGUUUAGGCAGUAUUAGGAAUCCUCUGGUGGAGAAACAAACUAGGGUUGCCCCUUUCGCAUGCCAAGCUGUGAAACCCCAAGAUUCUCCCCAUUGCCCCUCCACACACUACAUCCCCACAGACACACAUGGCUUCCAGGCCAAGAAAAGCUUUAAAAUAAAUUUGACCCAAGCAAUGAGCUAGUGAAGGGACAUCCCGUAUUGCAUUGCGCGUGACGGGAAUGGCGUGGUUGGUGUCACAGGUACUAUUCAACAAGGAGCCCACAGAGAUGCUCCUUGAAGGGAGUGUCUAGACAAG